AUGAUAACUGUCUUACUAGAGAGAGGGGCUGAUGUCAAUAUUCCUGGAAACUAUGGAGUUACGACUUUGAUGCUGGCGCUACAAAGGGGACUGCAUGACGUGGUGGAGAAAUUGCUACAAGCAGGGGCGACGUUGAAAGGUUCUAUUCUGCAGCAGGUUGCCACUGUUUUGGAUGAGGAACGACUCGGAAAAGUGGUAGAGAUUAGACCGUCUUGGAACGCUCCCCAAUUCAUACAGCAGGAACUGUCUGGGAGGGCCGAGGGACUUCGCGAAGUUAUCACACUGACGGGCUCCGUGAGGAAUGCGCAAAUGAUGUCUUGUAAGGACUAUGUGGCUCAAACAUGGGGCGACAGCGAACUCGUCGUUCUCGAUACUUUGAUAGAAGCAUUGAAAACUGGACAUGCUGUAUCAGAUCUAUCCGACGGUCCCUUCCUCACGACGGGAUGCUAUUCCUGGGUCCCCUCUAGGGGUCAAUAUUUCCGUUUGUCAGUCCAAGACUAUUCAAUGGACGGGUACCUCGACAAGCCAUGCUGGACAAACAUUUUGCAAAAGGCCACGCUGGCUGUUGGAUUCCCGGUGCGUGACCGUCCAGACGGGAUAGGUUUAGAAAUCCCCUUUCCACUUCUCCUGCGCUUCGCUGAUAUAUCCGUAUCGAUGGAAUACGACAACGGCACUAUCUUAGUGGGUGAGUCAGCUAUACUUUUCCCCUCUCGGAAAUUGAGUGAUGGCAUUCAGUGGCACAUCGCAAAUGCGACCUCGGCCCAAGAAGCCGUUCAAGUUAUUGCUCAAUCGCCCGACUGGAUCCGGACUCAAGACAUUGGCCACCUGGCCGAGCUUAGGGCGUAUCUUGGAUAUUACAGCCAAGCGCGAGUGCUCUUAGGGACCCGUGAGUUAGUACUAUCCCAAUCUACAGCUGAGCUCUCGAGUCAGUUGCCCAAGACCAAGUCUCAGAUCGAGAUGGCACACGAAGGUACGAUGGGCGCUGGAUUUUCCAUCCAAGGGAUCUUUAACACAACGGUCGGCGGUAAAUGGAUUGUACCGACGCGAUUCAAUGUGUCGUUGGAGGGUAACCGUGAUGUUGAGGAUCUUCUCAUGAAUGCUCGUCGGCGUCCAGUAUUGGUAUAUGAUCGUAACGAAGACCGCGGUUGGCUUGUUCCGGAGCUGAGCUUAAUUGCCCAUAUGACUUUAAUGUACUUGCAUCAAUCAGAUGUCCGUGAGCGGUGCCUGAGCACCGUUCAGGAGACUCUCCCCUACCUAACCGCUGUCGCUGACGGUGGGUUAAGCGCAUACGAGGUAGUCAAACACAACUGGAAUUUCGAACUUUAUGAAAAGAUCGAGGACGGCAAGAUGAAGACGUUUGGUAUGGUGAUUCGCGACUUCAUGAAAGAUCUUCAAAAGCUACGAACAGCAGAAAACGUCCGGCGGGAGAGCAAAGGCUGGAAAUUAUCAUUAUUCUCCGGUCGAUCACUCCGUGGAUGGGACUUUUCUGAGCUCGCUUUCAAGGCAGAAAAUAUGUUCCAGAGAGAGAUGAAAUGGGAAAAUGGCGGCGGUCCCAUGUGGACCAUGCUAGGCGAUACUGAGGAUAUGGUAGUUAUCCUGGGUAGCCGCCUGGGAAACCUGAUCCGGCCCGACCCCGUAACUGCAUUUGAAAGUGCACGGAAAUGGAAGACUACCCCCAAACUUGCCGGGUUAUUGACGGCGACAAACUCAUGCGUUGAACAGCUCGCUCUAAAACGAGUCCUAUUUGAUGACCGUGAGCGGCCCAAGCAGCAAAGCGGAGAGCUGUAUUGGUACCGGCCUACUGUCCAUCCAGACUGUAACUGCAACAAAUCCUGUCUGGUCAUUCACGAGAUCGCUCGGCGGGGUGAUAAGACAUGCACAAAACCACGGGAUCAUCGAGAACUGAUAGUUACUGGUGCGGUUGUAUUUGGUUGCGCGAGCUCCUACCACAAGUCUUUGAAACGGGGGCCUGCCCAUAAGGAACUGGACUUAUAG